ACUCAUAAAAUAAAGGCAGUUGUUUACAUAAAUAAAUUGAAGCGAGAUGCAACUCUCUAGCAUUAUAAAUUCUUCGUUGUAUAGGAAUAUCACUCAUCAAUAAUAUAAGCAAAAAAUGAUGGGAACGGUACUGCAUUUUCUUUUGGUAUUCUUUGUUUUAAUAAAAGCUCAAGAUCAAUCAGGAUUCAUUAGCUUAGAUUGUGGUCUACCUGAAAAUUUGAACUAUUCUUCAUCGAAGACAGGCAUAAAUUACAUAUCAGAUGCCAAAUUCAUAGAUACUGGUGUAAGCAAGAGGAUAGCACGUACAGAUAAGUUUUCUCUACAGCAACUAGAAUAUGUGAGAAGCUUUCCAAGUGGAGUGAGAAACUGUUACAACAUAAGUGUAACAAGUGGUACUAAAUAUUUUAUCAGAACUUCUUUUCUUUAUGGAAACUAUGAUAAUCUAAACAAGCCACCACAAUUUGAUCUUCACUUUGGAGCUAAUGUGUGGGAUACAGUGAAGUUGUCCUCCAAUGCAUCACUCUUCACAUUCAGGGAAAUCAUUUACACUCCGUCGCUAGAUUACAUACAACCAUGUCUUGUUAACACAGGAAAAGGGACUCCAUUCAUUUCAGCUAUAGAAUUGAGGCCUUUGAACAAUACAGCUUAUGUCACAUACUCAGCUAAAUCUGUAUUAACCAACUUCUUCCGAUUAGAUGUAGGUUCCAUCACAAACUUAGAAUACAGGUACAAAGAUGAUGUUUUUGACCGCAUCUGGUUUCCUUACGGAUUCAUUGAUUGGGCACGAUUAAGCACCUCACUUAACAAUGAUGAUCUAGUUCAGAAUGAUUACGAACCACCAGCAACUGUUAUGAGCACUGCUGUUACACCACUAAAUGCCAGUGCCCCUUUACAAUUCGAAUGGGGAACAGAUAAUGUAAAUGACCAAUACUACACAUAUUUUCACUUCAAUGAGGUUGAGAAGCUGGCAGAAAAUGAAACUAGAGCAUUCAAUCUCUCAGUGAAUGGAAAUCAUCGGCAUGGACCUGUGAUACCAGGAUACCGGGAAACAUAUACAAUAUUUAGUCCAACACCUUUGACUGGAGCCAAAAGCUAUCAAAUUUCCCUGACUAAGACAGAGAAUUCAACCCUUCCACCAAUCCUCAAUGCCUUUGAGAUUUAUAAAGUAAAAGACUUCUCACAAUCAGAAACUCAUCAGGAUGAUGUUGAUACUAUCACAAACAUCAAGAAUGCUUAUGGGCUGACUAGAAAUUGGGAAGGAGAUCCAUGUGCCCCUGUGAAUUACGUGUGGGAAGGCCUAAACUGCAGUAUUGAUGGCAAUAACAUCCCAAGAAUCAUAUCUUUGAAUUUGUCUUCAAGUGGAUUGACAGGGGAGAUAUCAUCAUCCAUAUCAAAGCUCACUAUGUUACAAUACUUGGAUUUAUCAAACAAUAGCUUAAGCGGUCCCUUACCUGAUUUUCUGAUGCAACUGCGAUCAUUAAAAGUCUUAAAUGUAGGGAAAAACAAACUUACAGGGUUAGUUCCAAGUGGGCUCCUUGAGAGAUCAAAAACAGGUUCACUACUACUGAGUGUGGAUGAUAAUCCUGGUCUUUGUAAGACUGAAUCAUGCAAAAAGAAGAAGAAAUUGUUUGUACCACUUAUUGCAUCAUUUUCAGCAUUUAUUGUAAUCCUCUUGAUUUCUCUUGGAUUUCGGAUGUUCAGAAGACAAACAGUUAUAUCAAGUUCUAAGGAAAGGGGUUCAAUGAAAUCAAAACAUCAAAAGUUCAGUUACACUGAAAUUCUCAAUAUUACUGAUAACUUCAAAACUAUUAUUGGAGAAGGAGGAUUUGGAAAAGUUUACUUUGGCAUUCUACAGGAUCAAACUCAAGUCGCUGUUAAGAUGCUUUCACCAUCAUCAAUGCAAGGUUAUAAGGAAUUUCAAUCAGAGGCACAACUUCUAACAAUUGUUCAUCAUAGAAAUUUGGUCUCCCUCAUUGGAUAUUGUAAUGAAGGUGAAAUCAAAGCAUUGAUUUAUGAAUACAUGGCUAAUGGAAAUCUGCAACAACAAUUAUUAGUGGAAAAUUCAAAGAUCUUAAAUUGGAAUGAGAGACUUAACAUUGCAGUUGAUGCAGCAUAUGGAUUGGAGUAUCUGCAUAAUGGAUGUAAACCACCUAUUAUGCACAGAGAUUUGAAACCAUCCAACAUAUUACUAGAUGAUGAUAUGCAUGCCAAGAUUUCUGAUUUUGGGCUAAGUAGAGCUUUUGGUAACGAUGUUGAUUCUCAUAUAUCCACACGCCCUGCUGGUACAUUUGGUUACAUUGAUCCAGAAUUUCAAAGAACCGGAAACACAAAUAAGAAAAACGAUAUCUACAGCUUUGGGAUUAUUCUAUUUGAGUUGAUCACUGGCCAAAAAGCACUAAUAAAAGCAUCUGAAAAAACCAUUCACAUACUUGAAUGGGUUAUUCCCAUAGUUGAAGGAGGAGAUAUUCAAAAUGUUGUUGAUUUAAGGUUGCAGGGUGAAUUUAGCAUCAAUUCAGCAUGGAAAGCUGUAGAGAUUGCCAUGUCAUGCACUUCACCGAAUGCAAUUGAAAGGCCGGACAUGAGCCAAAUAUUGGUAGAUCUAAAGGAAUGUCUAUCUUUGGACAUGGUUCAGAGAAACUAUGGAAGCACAAGAGCUAUAGAUGAUAUGAUUUCUUUAGCUACUGUAUCUGAAACCACUCUUUCAGCUCGAUAACCACCAUUUAUAAUGAUCUCUUUGUCCUAUAUAUCCAGUGUCACUCCAAAUGUCAUAGUAAAUUAGUACUUGUUGUAUUACAUAUAAUAAUUUGUAUUCUGAAAGUCUUCCAGGAAUACAAGGAGUUGUGUGCCAACUCCAAUAGAUUGAGUGAUGCUUAAUUAGAAGCAUUGUAUUUCUCCCAAACUAUCAGGUAGAACAAUGUACAUGUAAAAUUAAAUAAGUUGUUAGUUGUUACUCUAAAUACCAAAAUUUGAUCCAUGCUUAUAUUCUGACUUACAAUGUCACGAUGACUGACUGAUA